UUAGACACUCUCUUUAUUCUCUCCUCCCUUUGUCAUGAUGAAUCCCAUUCCUUCUUCAAUGUAUAAUGUUGCAUUAAUACUACUCUUCUCCUUCCUCUUGGGGAUGAGCUCUGCUAAGUUGUCCGAAGAUUUUUACGAAAAGUCAUGUCCUAAAGCGCUUUUCAUAAUCAAAUCUGGCGUUCGCUCUGCUGUGCGGGCCGAGCCUCGGAUGGGAGCAUCAUUGCUUCGUCUCCAUUUUCAUGACUGCUUCGUUAAUGGUUGUGAUGCAUCAGUAUUGCUGGACGACACGCCAACCUUUACCGGAGAGAAGACUGCUGGCCCAAAUAUUGGAUCAAUUAGAGGAUUUGACGUGAUUGAUGACAUUAAAACUCAAAUUGAGAAAUAUUGUCCUGGUGUUGUAUCUUGUGCAGAUAUUUUAGCCGUUGCUGGUCGAGACUCAACUGUUGCGCUCGAUGGUCCUAGUUGGAAGGUUUUACUAGGCAGAAGAGACUCAACUACUGCAAGUUUCAGUGAUGCUAACAGGGACCUUCCUGCACCAAAUUCCAAUCUCAAUCAACUCAUUUCUGCUUACUCAAACAAAGGCUUUAGUGUUAGGGAAAUGGUUGCUCUCUCAGGAUCUCACACAAUAGGGCAAGCUAGGUGUGUGAACUUCCGAGAUCGAAUUUAUAAUGACACGAAUAUAAAUGCCCCAUUCGCGAGAUCAUUGCAAGCAAAUUGUCCUCGAAGCCAGGGCGACGACAACCUUGCUCCACUUGAUGUCACUACUCCAACAUCAUUUGACAAUAAGUACUUUAAGAACUUGCAGAGUCAAAAAGGACUUUUGCAUUCAGAUCAAGUGCUCUUCAAUGGAGGUUCUACAGAUUCUAUAGUCAACAUUUAUAGUUCAAACCCUUCAACCUUUGCUUCGGAUUUUGCAAAUGCUAUGGUAAAAAUGAGUACUCUCAGCCCCCUCACGGGCUCGAAUGGUCAAAUUAGAAAGAAUUGCAGGAAAAUCAAUUGAGACCCGAUCAAAAUUUCAGCAAUUAUAUUACCAAUUAAAUAAAUUCGAGUAAUAAUUACGCAUUUUCCUAAUCAGAAAAAAAAAAAAAAAAGAAGAGUAAAUCGAGUCUUAUUAAUGUAACUUUUACUUUUGAAUAUCCUGAAUGUCACUCAAACAUUCCAAGGAUUGUGUGUUGUUGGUUUGUGCUCAUUUCAAUUUUAAGAUAU